AUGGAAUACACAUUCAAAUCGUAUAAGCAUAAACAUUUAAUGUUAUUAAAAGAAAAAUGGGGGGGUGAAAUAAAUAAGCAUCUAUUAUAUUCCUUAAAUGAUAUUGAUACUAGGAUAGAAACAAGAGAAGAUAAUAAGAAUAAAGAAUCAUAUUUAUUAGAAAAUAAGGAAAAUUUGAAUAACCAUUUUUAUGAAUUAAAUUAUUCUAAUAUAUUUAACACUAUUCAAUAUUCAUCAGUAUGUAUAAGUAUUUUUAUAAAUGAAAAUGAAACAAAAGAUAAUAUUAUUGGAAUAGUUUCAAUAGAUUAUGAUUUGUUACCAAAUUUUGAAGAUGUAGAAAAUGAGUCUUAUUGUAGUGAUAAUAAAAUUGAGAAUAUUAAUUAUUUUGUAAAUGAAUUAAAUUUAGAUGAUUUAUAUUAUUAUUUAUCAUUGUACAUAAAAAAAUAUAAUAUUGUGUCUAAUUUAAAUAAUAAUAAUACAUUAAUAAUAAAUUUAAUAAUAACAGAUAAUACAAAUUAUUAUUAUUAUGAUGAUUUAUUUUUUUAUUUAUUUAACGAAUUUGAAGAUAUUUCUUUUAUUUUAUUUUUUUUGAAAAAUGAAAAUAAUAUUGAAAAAAUUGAUAUAUUAAAAAAAGGUAUAUUAAUUGAUUUAGAUAGUUUAACCUAUGAUAAUGUAAAAAAUAUAUCAAGAUCAAAUUUAAAAUAUAAUAAAAUUUUUUUAAUAAAUAAAAAUAUGUUUGUUAAUAAAAUAUACAUACGUUCAACCACUAGUUCAGAUAUAUAUGAUUUGCAUGAGCUAUUCAAAAAAUAUGUUUAUCAGCCUGAAUAUAAACCUAACAAUUAUCUAAUGUAUGAUAUAAUUGAAAAUAAAACAGAAAAUGAUAUAUUAAUUAGUAUCCUAAAUAGUAGAGAAAAGAUUAUCGGAUUCGUUUGGUUAAAAAAAAAUAUAGAUAUUAACAUUCUUGUUAAUUUAUACAACUUGAAAAAAUACAACUACCUAAUUAAGCAAGACUUAUAUUCUGCAAUAUCCACACAACUGGUUCCUUAUAAAGAUGGAGAUAAAAAUUUAAACAAAAUGAAAAAAAAAUAUUUAUUUGUGGAGUUUAAACAGCAUAUAUUAAAAAGCAUAAAAAUAGAAUCUAUUAAAGAUUUAGAAAAAAACUAUGAAAUUGAAAAUAAAGUUAUAUAUGAUUAUUUAAAUGAUCAUUUAAUUAAAGAUGUAGAUGCAUAUUUUGAAUAUUUUAAAAAUAAAAAUUUAAAUAUAAGUAGUACUAUAAAAAAUAUAUAUAAUAAAAUGCAGUAUGAUUACGAGAAUCUAAAGAACAAUGGGGAAGGAGACUCUAUCAAUUUUGUUCAGCUGAAUAAGCUAAUAAAUUUGUAUGCCCACAUAAGUUUUGCUGAUAUUUCUAAAGUGAGCAAGACGUUUUAUGAUAAUUUUGAAAAGAUAGAGAUACUAUAUUUUAAUUUUAACAAUGAUAAGACAUAUAAAAAAAUAUAUGAAAAUAUAAAAAAGAAAAAAGAGGGGAUCAUAGGAGAUGACUUAUCUGAGAAUAAUACAAAAAAAAUGAAUAUUAUUAAGUUAAAUUAUGAUAGUAGUGUUAAAAAAACAGAAAGAGAAUACAAAAAAGUUGUAAAUUUAUCUUAUUAUGAUAUAUUUCUUUUAUUACAAAAUAUUUACCCAGAUAUAUUUAAAACGAAUGAAAUAAUAUUGUUAUUUUUAUUUUUGGAUCUAUAUGAAAUCAUUUUAGUUACUGAAUCGACAAUAUUCGAUUGUGUUUCUUUCAAGACACAUUUAGACGAAUUAAUAAAUAUAAAUAAAAAUUAUUUUAUAUACAAAUAUAAGCAUAUAGAUUGGUUAUCUAAUUUACGUGAUGAUGAUAAAAAUGCAUAUUCCCUAAAUUUGUUUGUUUUAAAUGAUAAGUAUUACAGCAAUUCAAAAGAGAUUCUACUAAAAAUAGAAAAGAUAUGUUUUAAAGAAGUAGAUUAUAUAAUUGCCACAAAUAACGAACGAGGAUAUAUCCCUUUUAUCUUGAAUUAUUUUAACAUGAUAAAAAAAAAGAAAAAAGCAAACACUUUAGAAUCUUUAUAUAUAUUAAAUAAGUAUACUUUAUUUUUGCCACCUAUAACUGAUUAUAUGAAAAUAAGUGAUAUAGAAGAUGUUCAAAAUUUUCUUAAGAAUUGUGAUUCUGAUAAAAAAAAUGAAAUAAUUCAUACAAUUUUAUCUUUAAAAAAAUAUUGUAAAAAUAAAAUGGAUACUGAAAAAACUGUUUAUUCAUCAGAUGCCCAUAUUUGGGAGCUCAAUUUUUAUCAAGCACAGAACUAUUACAUAUUUGUGAGCCGAUCUGGAAAUAGCAUAAUCAAUGUAACAUCAGGACGGAUAUUGAAUAAUCUGGAUUUUUAUUAUAAAGAUAAAAUUUAUGAUUUUAAAAAUAUCAUAGUUCAAAAUGAAAACAAGAAUACAAAGCAUUUCCUAAUGUCUUUUUUUUCAUCGAUUAUAAUUUUCAAAUACUAUGAUAAGAAUGUUAUUCACAACAUUUUACGAUUAAUAAAGGCGUGCUCAUGCCAUGUUGAAAUUAGUGACAACAGAUUUAGAGACGUAUACAAACAUUUUAAAAUAUUGAAAAAAAAAGAUAAUAAAAUAAAUAUAAUUAAAAAAAAAAAAAUUUGUGAUAAUAAAAAAUGUAUGGAAACAUAUAGAGAAGAAGAAAAAAAAAAAAAAAAAUAUUUAAUUAUCACAAAACAAAUGUGUUCAAAAAAAAGUAUCAAUAUAGACAAUAAUUUAGUUUUUUGGGGAAUCAAUGAUAUAUGCUUAUAUACAUUAUAUAAAAUUCUAAAAAAUAAUGAAUAUAUUUUUAAUAACAUAAUUAUAAUAAUUAGAUAUAAAAAUAAAUAUUUAUGUAAAAAUGUAAUUGAUAAAUAUAAUAACAUAACAAAUGUAAGUCUUGAUAGAUUAACUAUUUAUAAUAAUUUAAAAAAUAUGAUGGUUAGUGAUCGAAUAAAAAUAAUAUAUGACAAUGUUUAUAACAUUGAUAGAGAAAAUAAAAAACUUGAAUUAUCUCAAAAAAAAUGGAUACACUAUGAUUAUCUAUUUUUAUGUUUUGAUAAAGAAGAUAUAACAACCUAUUCGUUUGAUAUUGAUAGUUAUCAAAUAGGAAAAAAAAAAAAUUUUAAUUUUUUAGAACUAUCUAAUCAUUCUCUUGAUAAAAAUGAAAAACUCGACUUUUUGGUUAAGGCAAAGGAUUAUCAGAAGUAUGAAAAUUGCGAAGAUGUAGAAGUCGAAAUAAGCAAAGGUGUGAAAAAAUAUAAAAAAAAAAAAAAUGAAAAUUGUAGAGACAAUGAAUUGGAAAAAGAAAAGGAAAAGGAAAAGGAAAAAGAAAAAGAAAAAUAUACAACCUCUGAAAGUUCUGAUAUAUAUGAUGAAAAGAUAAAACCGAAAAAUAAAACAUUUCAGAUAAAUGAAAAUAACGAAAUUGGUAAAACUCCAAAAAUAAAAAAAAUUAAUAAAGGAGACAAUCCUGAAAUAACAAUAAAAAACGAAAACGAAAAAGAAAAAGAUUAUUAUACAGAUUAUUAUACAGAUUAUUAUACAAAUUAUUCGACCCCACCAUCAAGUUGUUUUGAUACUAGUGAAGAGAGUAGCAGUUGUGUUAAAGAUAUAUUAAAUGAUGGAAAACAGUCAGCAAAUUUGAAGGGAAAUAAUGAAGCGAAGAAAGAAACGAAGAAUGAGAUGAAAAAAGAAGCGAAGAAAGAAGCGAAGAAAGAAACGAAGAAAGAGAUGAAAAAAGAAACGAAUAAACGAUCAAUCAAUGGCGUAUUUAGUAUUAGCGAUCCAAUGCUUGAAAAACAUUUUGAUGAAAAAAGUAAAUAUAUGAAAAUAGUAAAAAAUGGUGUUAAUUAUAUUGUUAUAUAUAGUAAUAAUUUAGAUAUUUUAAGUAUUAUAAAUUUUUUUUUAAAAAAUAAAAUAAAGACAUAUAAAUUAAUUAUUAUAUGUCCAUAUAAUUGUAAUAAAUGUGAUAGAGAAAAUAUGAAAGAAAUGAAAAAAGAGAGUGUAGAAAAAGACAAUGAUAAAAAUGAUGGGGGAUGUAUAAAAGAUUAUAUUUUCAAAGAACGAGGAUAUUAUAAAAAUAAAGAAGAUUUAAAAAAUAAUUAUUUAUUUUUAAAUAAUACAAAUUUGAGUAACAAUUAUUAUCAUAAAAAUUGUGUAUUAAAAAAUAUAAAAUAUGCAUUAAAUAAAAUAUUUUUUUUAUUUCAUCUUUUAAAAAUACGAAUAAUUUAUGGACAAAUUAUUGCAAUUAAAAAAAAUAAAGAUAAUAAAUUAAAAAAUAUUAUUGUCCGUUUUUGCAAGCAUAAAAAAACAGACCAAUCACUUAUAAAUCAAAAAAACAUAAUUUUUAAAAAUUUUAUUAUAUUACCAUGUCAUAUACUUUUAUCCUCAUAUCAUUUUGAUAUGAACAAUCAUCUUAAUUAUAUUCUUAGAAAAUCGUCUAUAGUAUACAACCAAAAAAUAUGUCUUAAUCACAAUUUUCAGACAAACGACAAAUUUAUAUUCAGUGGGGGAGACCUUUGUGCAUUUUCGAACAAAUAUCGUAUUAACAAAAACAGGGAAUUAAAUCAUGAAUAUUAUAAUAGUGUUGAAAUAGGAAAAAUGGCAAGCAAAGAGAUUCUAAAAAUAGUUUUAGAUAAAUGUAGAAUACCUUAUAAUGUACUUAAAUUAAAAAAGAAAAGCAAACAAAUGGAGAACUGCGAAAAAAAAAACAAAAAAAUAGAGAAUUGCGAAAAAAUGAAAGAGAAAAAAAUAGAGAAUUGCGAAGAAAUGAAAGAGAAAAAAAUAUUUGAGAGUGAUAAAAAAUCAAUGGAAAACAUCCAAAAUAAAUGUGAUGAUAUUUUUUAUUAUUAUAAAAAAUUAAAAGUAUUUGAAAAACCAUUUGUUUAUUUUAACAAACUUCCUUGUGAUUUUUAUUUUUAUUACUUUCAAGCUUCAAAUGGUGAUUUAUGUAAAUACAAUGAUUUGUUAGCACCCCAAAGUGGAGAAGAAAAUAUAAAACCAAAUAUUAAUGAGAAUAAUGAUAAUUCUAGACAAUUUAAACAAGUAUAUAAUAAUGCAUUCUGUACUGAUACCUUAAAAAUAACCAUAAAAAAUCAACCAGAAUUAAAUGAAAAAUUUAAUGUAAAAUAUUUUGAUAUAUCAAAAAAUAUACACGCUCAAGGUUACUAUUGCCGAAUCACAACAAAUUCGCUAAACAUGAUAAAUUCGUUUACUUAUUUGGGACGAGAAAAAUUAAACUUUUAUAAUUUGAGCAAUCUUUGUAAUUUGUCUAUAAAUUAUUUUUAUACUAUUGUUAAAAAAGUACAAACUUGUAAUUCUCUCAAUUAUGAUAUACUUAGUAUGAUGAAUGAAGAGAGAGAGCAAUUUAUUUUUUAUUACAAAUUUCAAGAAUAUAAAAAUAAGUUAAAAGAAAAAAUAAUUAACACCCCACAUAUGAAAGAAUCCAUACAACUUCUGAUUAAGGAUGCCUAUGACAAAGAUGUAUUGAAAACAUAUUUGGAAUAUAAAAAUUCAAAUGUAGAAGAUAAUGAUGUGUGUAAAAAUAUUAAGAAACAUGUUCAAAUACAUUUAAUAGAAUCUAUAAAAAAAAAUAGAGAUUUGCUAAAUGGUUAUUACAUGCCUACAUGUAACUAUUGA